UUGAGCUGAUACCAUUCGAAGAAACGCCUCAAUGCUCCGACCGAGCUCACUGCGAUCAACCUCUUCCCCUCGAGUCCUCUUCUCCUCCUCCCAUGGCGUCGCCCGCCGCCCCCUCGCCUCCGCCCCUUCGCCGCUCCCUCCGCCGGAGUGGAUCGAGCCCUUCCUCGACGUCUCCGACCUCACCCGCCACCGCGGUGACCCCCGAAACCCCUCCCCGUGGUUCCCCCGCGUCGUUUCGCUCGUCCUCGCUUCCGCCCCCGGCUCCCUCCCCUCCGACCUCGCCUCCUUCUGCCGCAGGUUCCUCAUCCGCCUCUCCCCCGCCUUCGUCUCCCACUCCCUCCGCUCCUCCGACCUCCGCCACCGCCCCGAUCUAGCCCUCGCGUUCUUUCGCUGGGCCGCCACCCAGAAAAAGUACCCCGGCCACAACCUCGACUCCUACGUCGCCCUGAUCGACAUCCUCUCCUCCUCCGACAAUAAAGAAACCAGUCGGAUCAAGGAACUCAUAGCCGAGAUCAGAGCCCGCGGGAAUCUCCUCCCGGCGGCACCAUCUGCAGCCACUUCUCUCAUACGGAGCCUGGGGUCCACCGGCAUGGUGGAGGAGUUGCUGUGGGUCUGGCGAUGGAUGAAGGAGAGUGGGGUCGAGCCGUCGCUCAUGUGUUACAACUGUUUGUUGGAUGGUCUGGUGAAUUCGAUGUUCGUGGAUUCAGCGGAGAAGGUCUUUGAAGCGAUGGAGGCGAACAGAGUUCGGCCUGAUGUAGUUUCCUACAACACGCUAAUCAAAGGUUACUCGAAAGUAGGAAGGACGCAGAAAGCAGUUGAUAGGUUUGUGGAGAUGCAGGAGAAGAAGAUCCAGCCAGAUAAGAUUACGUAUCUAAGUCUGAUGCAAUGCCAUUACUCGGAUGGGGAAUUCCAUGAAUGCUUGGUGCUGUACCAUGAGAUGGAAGAGAAGGGAUUGGAGAUUCCGACUCAUGCAUACAGUUUGGUGAUCAGUGGAUUGUGCAAGGAGGGGAAGCCAUUCGAGGGAAUGGCGGUGUUGGAAAGCAUGGUUAGGAGAGGUUGCAAGGCUAGUGUGGCAAAUUAUACUGUUCUCAUUGAUUCUUUUGCAAAGAGCAUGAAUGAGGAUCAUGCUAUGAUGUUGUUUGAGAGGAUGAAGAAUGAUGGACUAGAGCCAGACGAAGUCACUUAUGGGGUGACAAUUAACUGCUUGUGCAAGGCUGAGAAGCUGGACAAAGCCAUGGAAUUGUUUAAAUUCUGCAAAGAGAAUGGUGUGCUGGUGAAUGCAAUAUUCUACUCUAGCCUUAUAGAUGGGUAUGGGAAAGCUGGGUUAGUUGAUGAGGCACAAGGGCUUUUCAAUGAGAUGAUAGAACAAGGUUUUGUGCCAGAUUCAUACUGCUAUAAUGCCCUUAUUGAUGCAUUUGGAAAAGCAGGAAGGAUCAAUGAAGCUUGUGCACUAUUCAAGAGAAUGGAGAUGGAGGGCUGUGAUCAGACAGUUUAUACAUACACUAUACUCAUGGAUGGGUUGUUUAAGAAACACAAGAAUGAGGAGGCACUGAAGCUGUGGAAUAUGAUGAUCGAUAAGGGGAUAACUCCCACCCCUGCAGCUUUCCGUGCCCUUUCAAAGGGCCUGUGCCUUUCAGGAAAGUUCACCAGGGCUUGUAAAAUACUGGAUGAACUGGCUCCUAUGGGAAUAGUGCCUGAGACGGCCCAUGAGAAUAUGAUCAAUGUGUUGUGUAAAGCAGGGCGAUUUGAGCAAGCUUGCCAACUCGCUGAUGGAAUCAUAGGUAAAGGCCGUGAGGUGCCGGGAAGAGUUCGAACCAUUAUGAUCAAUGCUCUGAGAAAAGCUGGAAAUGCUGACUUGGCUUUCAAAUUGGUUCACAGUAACAUUGGUAUUGGUUAUGACAGAUAUGGCAGCAUUAAAAGGAGAGUUAAGUUCCAGACUCUGUUGAAUUCAUAGUCAUCCACGGUUAUUGGAUGUUUGAGUGGCAAACUGCAAGUCCGAUUUAAAUCUUGAAUCCUUUUUGUUAAGCUAAAUCAUACCCUGUCCAAGACCCAAAGUAGGGGAGAGGGGUUAAUUGGACUGACUUUUUGGAUGAACCAUAUCGUGAGGGUAAGAUGUUCAAGUCACAUGAAAUCAGCAUCUGAUAUGGGCUUGCGUCUAGAUUUCAUUUCUAUUUGAGAAUGAUAGGUGCAUUAAGGAGAUCUUAUCAUGAUAUAACUGGAAAUGGGCAUACUUAGAGCCUGUAAAUCAGUUGUAUUAUUUAGGGAGAUUUAUAAUAGCAUUUCAAUAAAAUUGGAAACCGUGCAAGCAACUUGGGCAUCAAGGUUCAGGUCACAAAACAAUUUCUUUGCAUGCAACAGCAGGGUCUGCAGAUAUAGCUUCCCUAGACCCCCACAUUUCCAGGAGCCUGAUACACCAGGCUGCUAUGCCUGAUACACCAGGCAUCCAUGGUGACAGGCAAGCCAUUAGCUAGUUUGAGCUGUGUGGUAAUAUGUGUUUCUUGGUGGGUUCAAUCUAAUGAUCACUUUCUUCCAUCACUACCUGCUAACUUAUGAAUAUAUGAGAUGGUCAGGAGGAUUUCUAGUGAAAAACUUGCUAGUCAGCAUGUAUGACAUCAAGCAAUACUUGCUUGGAUUCUGGGAAUCGUGCUGUUAAUAUAGAAACUAUACAGUUCAAAAUUGCACAAAAUCUGGGCUGUUGAACUGCUAAAGCUUAGCACAGGAUUCAUUCAAUGAAAAGGAUGUGUAGCAAACUGGAAAUUGUUCAACAGUAUUAAAAACUUCAAAUCAUGGUAACAGAUUAAAGAUCUUUGGUUCUUGGUUAAUGCUGAACUAAGUAAACUCGAUUGUUAUGCUUCUCACUUUCUUGUCACAAAAGGAAUGCCAUCUUUCAGCCCCUUAUUUGUUUAGUAAUCAUUUAAUUUAUAUCUCAAGGUCUGUUCUCCCUCUUGUAGCUCAAUUAUCAGCAUUUGCAGGGAGACGUAAUCAUCUGUUUCUACAGAGGAUAAAUUCUUUUGUUUGAUUACAUCUAUAAAUUCCAAGAUUCUAAUUAUUGCAAUCAAGUAGCUCAUUCUUGUAUCUUUUUCCAAAAUUCAAGUCAUUCUUGUAGUUGUUUGGACUUUGCAAUUUGCAUAUUGUGUAAAUUCAUUUGUACUUUUGGAUGAAACCAAGGUUUGUUGUGCAGCCCGAGUCGAUAUGGUAUGGGCGGUACAUACUGGUUAGACUCAUCACGGGGACACGGCUUGCUCGGGUCUCUAUCGGCACGCCUCGAUAUACUAUGUGUCAGUACACUGGUACAGAUCGAUACAUACCGUGUUGACAAAUCUUCGAGACAGGCUGCUGCCUGUCGACAACAAUGAAUGAAAGACUUCCAAUUUUGGGACUUGGGUGGACUUUUAUGAACUAUUUCUGCUUGAUGUUUUUCGACAUGAUGCUUGCUGGUAAAAAGCAGUUGGUUUGACCAGUACUGCCUAUUAUUUUGUGAGAUGCCAGAAGUUCAUGGAGUCUCGGACACUGCAAAAAUGGAAAGAAAAACUCAAGAUUUUGGACUUGAAGAUUGCAUUGAAGUAAAUGAAAGAUUAGGAACACUUGCUUACCAGAUUGACAGGAAAGGAGCUUUCGUGACUUUACACAGAGUCCCAUCCAGCCACUGGGAUUGUCUCUUUUUCCAGUUGUGAAGCGUCCAUGAGCUCAGUAUGUGUUUCUUGGAUCAUUUAUAGAACAACAGCCUUGGCUCGCUUUCUUGCGGGAAUGAAAAUGUGGAUAUGAUUCCAUUAGCACUCAAACAAGCAGAAGUCCAAAAGGAAUAGCUGAAGUUUCAGUAUAUGUUUUGAGCCUGUGACAUCUGAAAGGACACUUUAGAAAAUUUGUUUUUAUCAAUUUGGUGCAGACAUAGGGAAAUGACCCACCAAAUGUUGUUCAUUAGCCAAUUUGUCUUGGUGAUGGUUGCUCGGCAAACUUUGCUGCUGCCGUAGCAUGAGACUUGUGAUCAUGAGUGGAUUCUCUUUUCAUGUUGCAUCAAAUCAUAAACUUUGUCUCCUUUUCCAUUCCUUGGCUCCUCCCUCGGCUCCAGGCAGCAAGAUAAAGAGAAAAUAAUGUCCUUAUCAGAGAAGGUAGGCAAAAGAAGCUUUUGAAGAUGUGCCUAGAUUCCCCUUGCUACAGUAUCUACUCUUCAGUGCAGAUGUUGCAUGUCUUAGCCUCUUGGUGCUAUAUGGCCUGAGGAUAGAAUGCUCUGACUACCUGGUGGUAGGAUAUGUCAUGUCAUGUCUUCCAAGCUUUUUCCAGCCUGCAUGAAUUGUACUUGCUUGGCAUUCCUAGUUGACUGGUCUGUGUGUUCGUGAUGUGGUUUAAUUUUCAUGUGUUUGUUGUACUUAUUGGGGAACUAAACAUCUGAAAACAGGUCAUCGUGCCAGAAAUUUGGAUUCGACUGCACAAUUUGUCA